GCUCGUCCUCCCUUAAAGUUUCGCUGGACCCUCCAUUCAAAUGCCAACUGGAGAGUGGACGAGCGCUUCAGAAAGAAUGACAAUGACAAGGUGAAACAUUUCAACGACGAUCUCUUCAUCAUGGACUCAACGCUUUAAAAUCCAAGCCAGCUCACGGGAGUCAAAUUAAAGGUCGAAGCCAAGUAGAGGCAGGGCUGAAGUCACAGUUCGCUUCACUUGAGACUUCCACAAACAACCUGCUGUCCCGACCUCCAAGGUGCCUUUCAAUAUGGUGACACUCCGAUCACGCAGAGCACAGUAAGCCAGAGGAGCGUCGCGGACAUUGCGCUUUGCAUCACCUGACUUUAAAGCAAAUCUCAUCUCACGCUCUUGAGCACGGCGGCAGCCUGCUGGUGUAGUCAUGCAUCUAGAGGUGAAGGUUGCCCUCAACUUUAUCGUGUCCUAUUUGUACAAUAAGCUGCCUCGGCGUCGAGCCGACCUCUUCGGUGAGGAGCUCGAGCGGAUCCUGGUAUCUCGCUUUGAGGGUCACUGGUACCCCGAGGCCCCUCUUCGAGGCUCUGCGUUCCGCUGUCUGCACUUGGGGGCCCCGAGAGACCCCGUUGUGGAGCUAGCCGCCAAGAGAAGUGGACUGGAUACAGAGGAGGUGCGUGCGAAUGUCCCCGCGGAGCUCAGUGUGUGGAUCGACCCCUAUGAGGUGUCCUACCAGAUCGGAGAGAAGGGCCCGGUGAAGGUGCUGUACCUGGAGGACCCAUUGGGUCUCGGCUGCGAUGGUGAGCGACCUGAAGGAGUAAUGAGAGAGAUUAAAGGCGACUCCGAAUUAGAGGAAGCCAAGAGUCUGGGCUUCAAUCCAGACGCUCAGGUGUUUGUUCCAGUCGGAAGCCAGUUAUCUCCUCCCCUCAUGCCGCCGCUCACCAGUUCGCCCACGCUGCCGUCUGUCCAGCCCGGCCCCACCCUCUUCAACUACCCCACGUCCACCUCACCUGCAGACCCUGUCGCCCACUCCUCCAACACAUCCACCCCUUCCCCCCCCAACAGCGGAAUACCCUACCUGGCCGCCCAGCAGCCCGCCUCCUCCCGCCCUCAACCCAUCACCUUCACCACAGCCGCUUUUGCCGCCACGAAAUUCGGCUCAACCAAAAUGAAGAAAUGCAGCGCAGCCGGGUCAGCGGGCGCUUCCGGUGUCACUGUCGGAGUCCCGCCUGUCCAAAGGAUGCUCUCUCACUCUCCUACCGCCGUCUUGGCUCCAGAGAUGCUGAAGCACAAAUCGCUCUCUCUCUCCAUGCACUCACUUGUGGGUCCCAUCCCCAGCCAGCUCUCCCCCAACGCCAAAGAGUUUGUCUACCCAGGAUCGCAGAGCCCCCUUUACUUUGAUGCUGACCCCCAGCCUUUGCAAGCUCACGUGAGUCGAUUACAGCCCCCACACACUGUCAGCAGCCACCCGUCCUUUGACCCUUUCUCCAGCCCUCCCCCCUCCCAGAGUAUGGGCAUCAUGGGCACCAAUGGCGAGAUCUCCUACAUCGAGAAACCUCAAUUUGUCGAAGGUUUAGGGAGCUACAACCUGCAAUAUCCAAGUCAGUCCUUCCAGCCUGUCGUGUUGGCCAACUAAGCCUUUAUUUGUCAAGAACUGGCCCGGGCGAUCCAGAUAGAUUCAUUUUUUUUUUUUAAAUAAAAAGCUCUCCUAAUCCUAAUGCAAGCUAACACUUAGUUUUCCUACAGAGAUUUAAACACAUAGUUUUCCUACAGAGAUUUAAAGAUACUGUACCCUCUCAUUAUAUCAGGGUAAGGUUUGGUUUUUGUCAUCACAUUCUGCUUUGAAUUUAUCAUUGCCACUGUUAGUCAUUAAUGACAAGUAAUCUAAUGGGCCAGGACUGUGGUAAAGCUCCAGAUUGCACGUCACGCUGUGGAAAAUGGACCUAGCCAAGUAUUGUACUUUGCUCUGCAAUCUGUUCCUACAGAGCUGGCUAUGGGGGGGGGUUUGCAGGAGCUGUGCCGUCUGUGCCUGCGUGUGUCGUGAUGGCGUUGCUCAAUGUGAUCUGGAAACGUAUUUCGUAACGGGCGCCUUCGCGUGCCGACAUUACAGCAGUCUAUACCGAAACUGUUUAUCGUCAGCCAGAAUGUGUCCGGGGCGUGUUUUGCAGAUGAUCUAAUGGGAGAACUUAAUUCAUCUGUCAGGGGGGAAAUUGCAGCAGCGAAGGUCGCAGAAACCUCUGUGAGGCAAAGAAAGAAGACUCCGUUCACGUGCUGAUGCCUGAAGUAACGCGCACAGGCCUACAUGUAGACCUUAUACAAUCUGCACACAGCGAAAUGCACAUAUACAUGUUCCCAGUCACCCGAGCGUGAAGGUGACCAGGCAGUGAUUUGUGGUUUGGGGGGGGGGGGGGGGGGGGGAUCCAGCAGUAAAGCCGAAGAGAUUUUUAUAAAUGGCUUAGUGUGACUUUGAGGAUGUACGAGUGCUUUUCCUCGGCAUGGAAAAGAGGAACACAAGGCAGCGAGAGGGCUGCGGUGCCUCAAUGGCGGUCCGGUGUGUAUUGACUUUGAGAGUGGCAUUUUUUUUAAAACCCAGAACACGUUGCUAGUGAGUUUAAAUGGUGUUGAAAUGAAAGGCUAACACGAUUCUGCCCCUCCUUGAAAUGCCUCAGUUCUGAGGGGGAGCAAAAAAACAAAAGUGACGCUGGUUCUUUUCUCCUGGUUGUCAAGUGGACAUCGAUGAAUGUUCUUUACUGAUGACGGGAUUCUGUUGCUGUUUUAAGAUAAUCACAGCUCAUCAAGUCUAAUGUGUUUAUGACAAAAUGGUCAAUUUGAGCACUUUAAGCGGAAAUUCAGUUCUCAUGUGUCACACAAUUUAACAUCCAUGACCCCCCACCUUACAUUUCAUUUAUUUAAAGAGAUGCUAACAUUUCAAAAGCGUAUUGAAGAUGUUUAAAUGGAAUCACUUUUGUCCAUUUAAUGUUUUUCUAGACCAAGAUAUGUAAUCAUCUUUUGUACCCGAGGACCCUUAACUGUUUUUUCUUCCUUUCACAGCCCUCCUGGGGAAUGUUGGAUGGGAAAUAUGGAUUUGUUUUUGAUCUUAAUUUAAAAAAAAAAGACUCGUUCUAUAUAUAUAUUUUUUUUUUGCAAACUAUUACGAACUCCAUGAAAAUGUAAAUAUAAAGGUCUUGUGUUCAGAUUCUUUGUUUAGUUUCUUACAUGCUGAAGUUAUUUUUGCAGACAUUAACCGGAAUAUAUGCAAACUGAGUAAAAAUAAAUAGAAAUAUUACAAUUAUG